GUUUGCAAACAAACCGCUGUCAAACGCGCUCGAAAUUGUGAUCCGUGGCCGCUUCAUUCUGACGUGUUUUUUAUUCAAUAAAAUUGCUAAAAUACAGUGUUUCUCUACGAUUGCUGUUCCUUAAUAUUGUAUCCAAAAGUAUUCCAAAAUGUUCGACAUUCAAACGCACAUGGACUUCGAGGGCCAGGGUCGCGCGGAAAAGCUGUCCCGGGUAAUCAUCACCUUGUUCGGAGCCGUCGGGCUCGUCUGGGGCUACAUCAUUCAGCAGUUUUCCCAGACGGUUUACAUUCUGAUUGCCGGGGUCCUGUUGGCUUCGAUUCUAACCAUUCCUCCCUGGCCCAUUUACCGCCGCAAACCACUGAAGUGGCAGAAACCACGCCCGCAACCGGCCCAGGUCGCCAGUGGCUCUGAAUCUAGCGGGGAACCCGAGUCGGGAAAAAAGAAGAAGAAGUAAUUUAAAACUUUCCAUCUUUCGCCUGUAAUAAAUUUAAACAAAUAAUAAUAA